UUUCCCAGGGAGGAGGGCCCCGGGCUUAUUCACAGGGCGGGUCCUCAGGUGCUCUCAGCUCAAGUCUGCUUUCACUCGAGCGCCUCUCAGUGAUGUGGACAUAGUCAGCUCCCAGCCUCAGACCCCUGUCCUCCAUUAUCUGUUAGGGAUCCAAGGUGUUCUCUCUGGGAAGCCAGAGCCCAAGGGCUUCCUUCCCAAGGAGCGAGUUCCCUCUUAGUGUGAGGGAAAGCAAAGGCUAGAAGAGGAGGAGGAGGAGAAAGAGAAGGAGGAGGAAACAGCUGAAGGAGGGGCAGGGCCUGGAAGUCAACUCUGAAGGGAGGAGUGACCAGCCAAUGCGGGGCAAGUGGACUGCACCCUGACCUACUGCGCCGGGACAGCACAGGGUCCUCAGGUAUUUCUGAGUAAGUGGGAUCCACUUUCCUCCCAAUUCUACUGGGAAAGAGGGGGUCUCUGAUACCCCGCCAGUUCCCUCUAGUCACAGAGGCUUUCUGAAAAAGUCACACUGAAGUGGAAUUCCCUUCCCAACAGAGGAACGAACCAAACCACUCACCCUCCCUCCCGAGGCCCUUGUCUAGGACAGACAUUUGUCUCAAGGUCCUGGGCUGGGACGGCACGGGCCAACAGGGCUGCUGACCACACUCCCCAUUUGCUGUCCCAGGACCACAUGAGGAUGCUGCCUUGGCUUCUUGUCUUCUCUGCUCUUAGCGUCCAAACCUUGGGUGUUUCCUCAUGGGACAAAACACAAGUGAAACAAGUGUCAAAGAGGCUGCAGAACCUGUUUGAAAACAUCUCCCAGUUCACCAAAAAAGGCAAACUGGGUCAUAACGAUAUCUUCACAAUGGUCUCUCGCAAGGAGUGGGGAGCAGAAGCUGUAGGCUGCAGGUCUGCGCUGACCACACCAGUGGAUGUCCUUGUCACACACCACGUCCUUGGAAUGGAGUGCCGCGACCAGACCGCCUGCAGUCAGAGGCUGCGGGAACUGCAGUCCUAUCAUGUCCACAACAACAGCUGGUGUGACGUGGCCUACAACUUCCUGGUCGGGGAUGAUGGCAGAGUGUAUGAAGGUGUUGGCUGGAAUAUCGAAGGCCUGCAUACCCAGGGAUACAAUAAUAUCUCCCUGGGCAUCGCCUUCUUUGGCACCAAGGAAGGCCAUAGUCCCAGCCCUGCAGCCCUGUCAGCCAUGAAGGGCCUAAUCUCCUAUGCUAUCCUAAAGAGCCACCUAUCACCCAGGUACAUCCAGCCACUUUUUGUGGAAGGCGAAAACUGCCUGGUCCCCCCACAGAAGGCAAGCCUGAAGAAAGCUUGCCCCAGCAUUGUCCCACGGUCAGCUUGGAGGGCCAGGGUGGCGUACUGCCACAAGAUGACCCUCCCUGCUAAGUAUGUUAUAAUCCUUCACACGGGUGGGAGAACCUGUAGUGCGGCUGAGGAGUGCCACCUACUGGUCCGAGACCUCCAAUCCCUCUUCAUGGACAAACACAAGAAGUGUGACAUUGGGUACAACUUCCUCGUGGGUCAGGAUGGUGCUGUUUAUGAAGGGGUGGGCUGGAAUGUCCAAGGCUCCUCCACCCCUGGCUACAGUGACAUUGCCCUGGGUAUUGUCUUCAUGGGCACCUUCUCAGGCAGCCCACCCAAUGCCACGGCGCUGGAGGCAGCCCAGGACCUGAUCCAGUGUGCUGUGGUCAAGGGGUACCUGGCCCCCAACUACCUGCUGCUGGGCCAUAGGGACGUGGCUAACACUCUGUCCCCUGGACAGGCUUUAUACAACAUCAUCAAGACGUGGCCUCACUUCAAAAACUGAGGGCAGCCUCCCCUCCUUCUGGGGCUGCUCUUCCCAGUGGGUCUCUGUCCUCACCUCCCACUUUGCUUAAACAUCUAUGUCCACCUCCUCUGCCAACUUUGUUCCAGGUUGGGAUGAUCAUGUCCUUUCCUGCUCACAUCCUCCACCAUCACCAUCCCCAGAUCCCCAUAGCUGGGCAUUUAAAGCCUCCUUGGGUCAUCUCUCUCCUCACCUUCCUGUCCCCUGACCACCCAUCAGCUUGGUCAGGUAAGACACACAGUAGGCCCUGUCAUACCUCUCUCUCCAUUUGUAGCUGCCUGUGUGCCUGGGGUCCCGCCCCCUGCAGUCUGCCGGGCAGCCCAGGCCCUCAUCCGUCACCCAGGCCAUGGUGCGCCCACCCCACCCCGCCUGCUCACACAUUAUUGACUUGUGCAACUUUGGAUGUUUCCCUUAUUUAAAGCCUGUGAUUGUUUAUACAUGUCUGUUAUAACUCCUGGAUUGCAAGUUUCUCUAAGAAGCAGCCAAGUUUUAUUCGUCACUGUGUCCUCAGUUUAUGAGGAGUGCCUGGAAUUUACUAGGUUCUUUAGAUGUUUGUUGAAGAAAUGGAAAAAUAAAUCAAUGAAUGGACCCUG